CAUGAGUGGGCGGAAUAGUCUGGUAUUCGAUAUGCCUUCAUACCAUCUUCAAGUUUUUUUUUUUCCUUUUUUUUUUUAUGGGAUAUCAUCUUCAAGUUGGAAAUGUGAAACUACUGUGUUUUUGAGUUAAAAUAAAAAAAAACGAGUUCUGGUAUGCGAUGAGUUGUUCAGUUGCAAGACUUACUGCAUAUGACUAUAGGUAUUACUUUACUUGUGGACCUGUGGUCAUGUUGUGAACUACGAAUUAAGAUAGAUCUGAUAUGCAGUUUCUGGCUUGUGCUUAACAAAUCCAUUGGGAAUGAAGAAGCAUAAUCUAAUGUGUCUUGAACUAAAUUCAGGGACCUUCUCAACAGAACAUAAACUUAGAGAAAAUGAUAAAUGCACAUGCAACUACUUCUCAGUCACAACAAUCAAGUAGACCAAUCAAUGCUCCAAGCAAUGAUCUUGAAAAUAGAAGAUGUGCACUUUUGAAUUGGAACAAUUAUGAAGAAGAUGAAGUGGUGGCUGAAGGGAAGAUCUCUUCAACAAAUCCAAGUACAAAAGUUCAUUGUGUGCCUCUUGGACGAGAUUGUUGGAAGGUUUGGGUUGACGUGGUGUUUGAUGAGUAUCAGACUAUGGAAGUGUAUAGAGCAACCAUGGAUGCCAAACAACUUGGUGAAGCUGUAGGAAGCACUCUUGCAUGGCCCAAAAGCUCCAUUAAAAUGCUCCCUUAGUAGUUGAAGUAGCAGGUACAUUUUGCUUUACUAGAGAAUUUAUGUAGGUGAGGGAGUACCAUGCAUGUUUUGUCAAUGCUGAUGAACAAAGAAUCCAGUACUUUGUCAUGCUUGUUUUGUAAAGAACAUAUGUAUAAGAGAAUGUGGCACUCCUAAUGAAAUGUAAAUUUUUCAUACAUGGUUAGUGUGUACUAAUAUUGGCAUGUGAAUGAGUUUAAGUAAUGGUGAAUGUUUAGAGGUACAGGAAAGCAUAACCCAGCAAAUUGGGUGCAAUAGUAUGUACUGAAAUUUUAUAACAACGUAUCCAUUAAUAUGACAACGUACCGUGUAUGCUGUCUAAAAUUUAUGACAACGUGCAGAGAAUGUUGUUAAAACUUACAACAUGCGCUUGAAACGUUAUCGAAAAUUUAUGACAACGUGCAUAGCUCAUUGUUGAAUAAUUACAACAACAUGCUUCGCCUCUUUUCGACAACGUUCAAAGCUCGAUGUUAAGGACUCGGGGACUUUUAAUGACUUUGGCAUCUACAACAUGCGGCAAACGUUGUCAAAAGUUAUUGACAACGUGAAUUGCAUGUUGUUAAAUAUGU